CCCCAUGGCAAGGCUGCCAUCCGAGCUCUGCCCUCACACAGACACAGCCUCGUCCCCAGCUCUGACGGAAGCCCUUUGAGCUGGUUGGCAGCAAGCAACAUGGCAGAGGAGCUGUCUGAAGAGCAGGUGGCUGAGUUCAAGGCGGCCUUCACCAGGUUCGACAAGAACGGGGAUGGCACCAUCAACGUGCAGGAGCUGGGCGAAGUCCUGAAGGCCCUGGGCCAGAACCCAACAGAGGAAGAGCUGAAGAAUAUCAUCUCCCAGUUGGACACGGAUGGCGACGGCGCCAUCAGCUUCCCGGAGUUCCUGGCAGCGAUGGUGAAGAGGAUGAAGUCCUGGGGCGGUGAGCAGGACCUGAAGGAGGUGUUCCGAGCCUUCGACCUGGACGGGGACGGCCAUAUCACCAUUGACGAGCUCAAGCAGGCCAUGGUCCGGGUGGGGCAGAAGCUCACCCAGGAGGAGCUGGAGGCCAUGAUCCAGGAGGCAGACCUGGACAAGGAUGGACGGGUGAACUAUGAGGAGUUCUCGCGCAUCCUCAGCCAGAAGUGAGGCCCUGGGCUGGCCCGCUUCCUCUGCCUGACUCUGGUUCUGGGGUUCCUGCUUGUGCACUGGGAUGUAAAGGGAAAGUCUGGGUGGUGGGGCCCCUGGCCUCUCUUGGCCUGGGUUAUGGGCUGUUGGGACCCCCUCUGUGCCUGGGGGAGCUGGGGCUGCCCCUUACCUCACAGGGCUGUUGUGAAAAAUCCCAAAGCCAGGUGGUGGCCCAAAUAAAAGGAAUGUGAACUCUGCUGCUGCUUGAAUGUUCGAAGUGUCCCCAAAGGCGGCAUGUGAGAUUCUUUUGAGUUUCUACCCUUUUCAAUUGUUCCCAGUAGGAGAACCAGCCUGCACAGGACAGAUGUCUCUCUGUUGCCUCCCCUGUGAUCCUGCAGAGAAGAAGGGGUGUGGUCGUGGUCUGGGGGUGGUCAGGGUGGAAGAGACAUGGUUCUUUGCCUGAGCUUCUGGAUCAGGACAGAGCAUGGACCCCAGAGCUGAGCUGGGACACUGCCUACAGCACAAACAAUAAAGUUUACCAUCCUUUGAAUACA